AUGGCGCAAUCUCAAAGCUGGUGGUCAGGCCCAGCCAAGAGGGAACGAGAGCCGGCUCCUUCCUUCGAGUCGAAACCCCUUGAAGAUGCCGCCAUAGCAGAUUCUGAAGAAGAGAAAGUCUUGACUCGGCGUGUACACAUACUCGGCCUUGGAAGUAUUGGGACGUUGGUAGCUCAUUCUCUGCGAUGUCUGCCGAAUCCGCCUCCCAUCACCUUGAUGAUGCACAAGCAUCAACAGUACGAAGAAUUCAAGAAGGUGGGCCGGUCGGUGACUCUGAUUGACAAGAAGAACGCCAUCAAUGAUGCACAAAGUGGCUACGACGUGGACCUCUUCGAGGAAACACCAAACGAGGGGUACACAUGGCACUUCAAACCUGCUUUUCAAGACAAGCGCAAUUUCAGGGAGAAGACGAAUCCGAUUGAAGAGGCGGAGAGACUGAAGUCUGGAGAACUCUACAUCUACUCAUUGAUUGUCGCGGUCAAAGGCCAUGCCACCGUCUCAGCACUGCGCUCUAUAAAACACCGUGUCGAUGCAAGCACAACCAUAUGUUUCAUGCAGAAUGGCCUGGGACAGAUCGAAGAACUCAACCGAGAGGUCUUCACCGAUCCCGAAACACGUCCAACAUAUAUGCUCGGGAUCGUCUCACAUGGCUCGUAUAUGACGAGCCCAUGUUCGGUCGUCCACGCUGGCUACGGCACGGUGGCGCUGGGCAUCUGUCGAGAUCAAGACAGACAUCCGCUUCCCGGAAAGUACCCUGCAAGAAAUCUCUCGGAGCUGCCCGAGGACGAACGCCAGAGAUUCUACCCAACAGACAAAGAUCUCUUUGCCAACCUUUCCUCACGAUAUCUCCUGCGCACUUUGACGAGGUCACCCGUCCUAGCAUGCGCGGCAUUCCCUUACCUGGACCUUUUUCAAUUGCAGCUCGAGAAGUUGGCAGCCAAUGUGGUGUUGAAUCCUCUUACUGCGCUUCUCGACGUGCCGAAUGGUGCAUUGCUUCUCAGCGAUGAAAUCUCGAUGGUACAGAGGCUCUUACUUGCCGAGGUAUCCUUGGUGAUUCGGAAUCUGCCUGAGCUGGAAGCCAUCCCUAAUGUCGAGAUGCGAUUCUCAGCCGAAAGACUGGAGCAGUUGGCCAGAAGCGUGACUCGCCGCACAGCACAAAACUCCAGCAGCAUGCGGGAAGAUCUCCGACACGGCAAGAAACCAGAAGUUGACUAUAUCAACGGCUACAUUGUCAAGCGUGGCGAGGAGCAAGGCAUCAAAUGCGUUCUCAACUUCAUGAUGAUGCAGCUAAUCAAAGGCAAAGACACCUUGAGAGCUCGAGAACAUGCUGUACCCUAUGGGACCAAAAAGAUCACGAGUGCGGUUGAUCUCGGCCAACCCGAUCAGGUUACCCUGUCAGACGAUUCCACUCCAAACCCUUCAAGGGCCAGGGCUCAAUAA